AUGAAAAGGCACAGUACUGGGAAAAAAUUUCACAGGAUAAAAGGAUUGAAAAAAGCUGAUCCAAAUGCAAUUAUUUCUUAAACCCCAAAAUAAAUAGAAGAUUUUAUAGAAAAUCUAAAAUCUUAGGGAUCUCUUAUUAAAAAAGUUAAAUAUGCAUACUUUUAAACAAAAAAUGGUUUGAAAUAUCCAGGUUUGAUUGGUAUUUUUACAUUCCUUUAUCUAGCAACUGAGCCUAUUGUACCAAAUGAUACUCUUGUUACUCUUCCAAGAUAAACGUUGUUAACUACAAAAUAAGCAUUUGAAUCACCAUUAAAGCCAAUUUUUUUAGAAUACCCAUAAUUUUUUAGUCCUUAAUUUCAUUCCAAAUGGGAAUAUCAUUAAAUUCUUGCUUUCCUAUUAUAUGAAUAUUAAAGAGGAGCUGAAUCUAAAUGGUAUCAUAUGAUUGUCAACUUCCCAAAAGAUGUCGAUUAUGCUGUAUAUUGGAAUACAGAAGACUUAGAGUUGUUAAAAGAUGACAAUAUCAUCAAAAGUGCAAGAAAAAAUUUAGUAGAGCUUUUAGUUACUUUUUAAACUCUUAGGUAUAUAACAGAUAAAUUCCCAAACCUUUUUAAACCUGGAGUAGUAACAAUGGAUAAUACUAUAUGGAUUCAUACAAGUAUUGUAACAAGGUGUUUUGGAGGUUAAGGAUUAAAAUAUGUUACAAUGGUACCAUUUUGUGAACUCUUUAAUCAUGAAUGUGCUGAUGUAUGUUACGAUCUUGAAUAAUAAGAUAACAGCACAAGGUACAAUUAUGAAUUUAUGACGAAAAAAUUGGUUCAUGGAUAACACAAUGAUGAUGAGCUGUCAAUUACUUCUUCAGAAAACUCUUAGCUUUCUGAAGAUGACAUGAGCGAUUCUGAAUUUGUAUCUGGCGAAUAUAAUUAAUAUAUAGAAUUUGAUUUUGAUGAAUUUAGUCAGAAUUCUAUAAGAAAUUUUGAAGAUAACAUGAGCUUCAUGCAGAAAACAUAAAUAAGAAAUGAAGAAUUAAUUAAAAUGAGAAAAGAAUUCAAUAUUAAAAUGAAUAUUUAAAAAGAUGUUUUCUAAUUAGCUAUAGAUUGUAAAGCAUUUUUAUUUUAAAAUAUUGAUUUUGGAGAUAAUUUUUCCAUAUUUUUUUUAGAGUAAAUCUUUUAUAAGUUGGAUACAUUAAUUUAAUAAUAUUUCAGUGCUGAUAAGUCAUCUUAUGAAGUAAGAGAAGAAAUCAAUAAAAUUAAAAAUCAUUGCAAUUUAUAUCAAAAUUAUUGGUAUUCUUUUUAAAAUCAAAUCUUAAAAAGACCAAUCUAGCAAAAAUAUAAUAUUUUUGCUCAAAAGAUUGGCAAGAGACCAAAAAGAAAUAUAUUUAGCAUGGAAUAAAUAUUAUCCUAACCAGUUGAUCGAAAUUGCGAUUAUUAUACACCAAUUUUCAAGUAAGAGAAUUUUAAAAAUCUACUUAUGAGAACGAGAGAUCCUUUUGAAAAAGGGGCAUAAGUUUACUUUUGUUAUAGUAGAUUAUCAAAUAGAAAAAUGCUACUUAAAUAUGGAAUGGCUCUGGAGUAUAAUAAAUAUGAUAGUGCAUUUUUAAGGGUUGAAUUUUUCAAAUAUAUCAAAAAUAAGGUAGGUCUUUGGAUAAUUCAUAGAUUUAAACUCAACAAAUUAAAGAGAUUCAAACUUAAGCAUAUAAUUCCUCCUUAUGAAUUUAUAGUAUUUUGUAAAUUAAUUUAUUGGUAAAAUAUGUUUGAUAUCCAUUUUUUAGGAACUCAAAUGUUCAUUCUGUAGAUACCAUUUUUAAGAUCUAAGAUUUAUAAUUAGAGAGAAAAGCUUUAUCUUUAGCUCUUGAGAUUUUGCUUGAAUAAAAUUCUAAAUUUAAGGAAACAGUUGAGGACCUUGAGUAAUAAUUGCUAGAUAAAAGUUUAGGAUAUCAUUAGUAUUUUGCAGUAGUAUAUAGAUUAGAAAAAUUGAGGAUAUAUCGAAGAAAUAUUUAGUAUUAUUUUUAUGCUAUCAAGUCUAAUUAAUAUCAUUAUAAUUGUGCUUGAUAAAAUGAUGAAUGGAGUUCCAUUUGAAUAAGCAAGUGAAAGAACAGAAUACGAUUUCGAUUUUUAUGAAACAAAUAGAUACAUAUUAAGGAAAUAUUUUGAUUAGUUAAAAUGGGCAAUUUAUCAAUCAAAAUGA